AUGACAGCCGGGAAUAGUUCUCUCCCGCCGGGCAAGACAGAGGAGAACAAAGAAUACGCCGAGGGGUUCCAGCUCUAUGCCAUCGUGGGAACUAUGACCCUGAUGAUGUUUACAGUCCUUUUGGACGUCUCGAUAUUAGGCACAGCAAUUCCGAAGAUCACAACUCAAUUCCACUCCGUCGCCGCCACAGGAUGGUAUGCUGGAUGCUAUCAGUUGGCCAGCUCGUCCCUCCAACCAUUGACAGGGAAGAUAUAUUCCAACUUCAACUCGAAAUGGACACUCCUCAUCUUUUUCUUCGUGUUCGAGGUUGGGUCGCUGCUGAGUGGUGCGGCCAACUCAUCUGCCAUGCUGAUUGCAGGCCGAGCCAUCGCUGGACUGGGGUCAUCGGGUCUGAAUAAUGGGUCCAUGACCAUAAUUGCAGGCUCGGUGCCAUUGAAAAAACGGCCUGUCUAUAUGGGUGUGAUACUCGGAGUUGGCCAAAUUGGUGUCAUUUCUGGGCCUCUGAUUGGAGGUGCCUUGACUCAAUACACUACCUGGAGAUGGUGCUUCUACAUGAACUUGCCCAUCGGCGCAGUCAUUGCUGCCUUCCUGGUCUUUCUGGACGUUCCUGACCUGACAGUCAAACCGCCCUUUACAUGGAAACUCUUCCGCGACACGGUCACACAUGAGCUGGAUCUCCUCGGGUUUGCGCUCUUUGCCCCCGCCGCCGUCAUGUUCCUCUUAGCCCUCGAAUUCGGUGGGAACUCAUAUGCUUGGAACAGUUCUGUUAUCAUCGGUCUCUUCUGCGGCGCCGGCGUGACGGUCAUCGUUUUCUUUUUGUGGGAGUCCCGCAUCGGCGAAAAAGCGAUGUUGCCUCUGCAAAUCAUCCGCGAUCGCAUUAUAUGGACAAGUGCUGCCAAUAUGGCCUGCUUGAUGGUAUCCAUGGUCGUUGCAUCAGCGUAUCUGCCCACAUACUUCCAGGCUGUUCGAGGGGACGAGCCGACCAUGAGCGGAGUCUCGAUGCUUCCAAGCAUUCUCUCGCAGUUGAUCAUGUCCAUUGUGGCAGGAGUAGCAACUCCUAAGAUGGGGUAUUACCUUCCUUGGGUUAUCUUUGGCAAUGUCCUGAUGGCCAUUGGUAAUGGAUUUCUCUCGACACUCACACCAACCACUCCUACCGCACAUUGGGUCGGCUAUCAAAUUCUGCUGGGUGCUGGUCGUGGCUGUGGACUACAGAUGGGUGUCAUCGCCGUUCAAAACGCCGUCAAGCCUUACCAGAUUCCAGUGGCCAUGGCAUUCUUGAUUUUCUGCCAGAACUUCUCCGGAUCUGUCUUUACCGUCGUCGCUACCACCAUUUUUACACAAGGCCUCGCCAAACAAAUUCCCAUUUACGCACCGUCCGUGUCUCCUGAAGCAGCCGAAGCCGCGGGCAGCAGCGCAAGCGGUGUGAGAUCAUUACUCCCCGCUGGGAGCCCCGAGCUGCCGGGCUUGUUGAUGGCAUACGCAAAGAGCAUUGACGGUAUCUUCUACAUGCUGAUCGCAUGUGCGUGUCUUGCGUUUUUCGUGGGGAUGGGAAUGGGUUGGAAGGAUACCCGCCAAGAGAAGACGCCGCAAGAUGAGAAGCAGGAGGCUUGA